UUUUUAGCAUGGGUGGCGGCCGGGCCCGAAAAGGGGGUAGCAGCAGUGGUGGUGGAGGAGCUGAGGAAGAGCCUCCAGCGCAGGCCAAGAUGAGUGCUCCUGGAGCACAGCCGGAGUCCUUGGUACAGGUGAACAAGGCAAGGAAAUCUUUUCCUGCCACUUCUGAGACCCACAAGACUCAGAGGAGAAGGUUCUAUCGUGGAGGAACUUAUGGUCUUUACCUGAGUUCCAACCGGCGCAAGCGGCGUAACCGAAAAGCUGGCUCAGAUGGAAGUGGCACUUCUUUGGAUGGUGAGGCAACUGCACCUGAAGCAGGCAAGGAGAAUAGCUGUCCGCCACCGUCAAUGGAAGCUCCAGCAGAAGAGAGCACAAACGAAGGAAAUUCACAAAAUGGAGCCCAGGCUGUAGAAGACUCUUCUGGUUGGGGCCAGGAUUCAAGCAUUGCCUCAAGUGUGAAGAGUCGACUACGAGUAAAGCGGCGCCUAAUGGAUGACCAUGUUGACGUUGAUGAAGUUAGCCUCUGCUCAUCCAGCAGUCCGCCCGAUGGACCUGCCAAAAAAGUUGCUCCAUCUACAAGCAAAGGUGGUGAUCCCGCCUGCCAGCCAGACCUCAACAGUGUUCCACUAAAAGUUGUGCAACUGCCUGAUUUCAACAGAAAGUGGUGGUGGAAAGUAAAGGAAAAGGCACCUAAUUCCUGCAGCUCGGUAGGGAGAACGGCGCAGUGCCUCAACAGAUACACGGCAUUACCUGCCAGUGGUCGCAGUCAGCUGUCUUCACCUUCACCUGGCGACCACCGCGCGGCCCUGUGCCUCCGUCCAAACCUGAAGCGCUCGAAAAAAGCUGUUCCACAUGAAGUGUCUGCGGACGAUUUCGUGGAAGCGGACUGCAAUUCUCCGGCUGUUGCGAGCCUCGCUGACAAGGACAUAGUAGCUGCAGUCGCAGGGACUUGGGAUACCCAGGCCGACAGCUCAAGUGACAAGGAGGAUCGUCUGGAUGAGGUGCUGGCCACAGGCGCUUACUCCGUGCUGAUGGCAGCAGCGUUCGGCGUUCAUUUGCCGUUGUAUUGGAAACAUGGAGGAAACUGGGCUCUUUGGGAUCCUAACUCACCGUCACGCCUGUGGCCAUGCUCCUGCAAUGAGCCAAGUCAACCUGCAACAGAGAACCAGCUACACUGUCAAGGUCUGGACUCCUUGCAAGGCAAGGUUGUAGGAUGCACGCAGCCACUUGAGUCACAGGAACUAAAACGGGCUUCAGUUAGGAUGCCUUUUGGAGCGUUUUGUGAUGCACAUGAUCACCGGCUGCAACUGCACCACUGCUGUCCCCACUGUGGCGUCUUCUGCACCCAAGGCGAUUUCGUGCAGUGCACUGAAGGGCAUCUCUGGCACAGCCAGUGUCAGCAGAAUGGAGAUUCGAAGGAAAGCUGCCCCCACUGUGGACGUGGUGGAAUUCAGUCGGUGCGCCUUGAAGCUCUUGGAAACACUCUUUUCCAAACAUCCCAGCAAACCGUUGUAACAGGGCUCUUUGAGAUGGACGUGCACAACACGCUCGCCGAAAUCGUCGAGGCUCAGAGGAGCGCGCAGCUCGAAAGACUGUCAGGCACCAAGACCGGAAGAACCAUCCUCGACUCCCUCAAGAUUCGUUACCACGGGAUGCGAGGACUGAAGGACGCGCUAUUGAGAGCGGUCAAGAAUGCUAUACUCACAGAGACUUUGCAAGCCCAAUUCCUUCCCUGCCCUGUUUUGUAUCAGAGCAGCUUGGAGCUGCAGGACCACACGAUGUGGACUCAUCAAAAUGUCAUGCGCACUCCUCGUGCAUGUAUGAGGGCAACAUGGCCAAAACAAGUGAAGCAGGAGCCCUCUUUUCCAAGUUUUAAAGAAGAGGAGAUCCAAGAUACCUCUGUUGAGAGACCUUCGAUAACACCUGCGCGCAGAAAAUUAGACCAGUUGGUGCGGCAUCUGUGGCAAGAGGCUUCAUCCAGUAGUAGUCGUCCGGUUCCACAAGGCGCUGCGGGCACAUCUGUCUUGCUGGCUGCCUGCCGUCAGGGCGAUGUUGGCAGGGUCGUUCAGUGCCUGUCUGGCCGCGAAAUUGGCCCAGCAGACUCUGGAGCUUUGCAUGCAGCUGCGCAAGGAGGACAUCUAAUCUUGGUUCACAUGCUCGUCAAGGUGGGAUUAUCUGUGCAUCAGAGUGAUGAUCAACUGUACACUCCUUUGAUGAGGGCUGUGGAUGCUGGAGCCUUUAAUGUUGUGGAGUACUUGCUGAAGGCCGGUGCCGAUCCUUUUGCCAAGGGUGAAGAUGGUAUGAGCUGCCUGCACUUGGCUGCUCGGUUUGGCAGCCUGCAACUUUGCCAGGCGUUCCUGGAGGCAAAACUACCCAUCAAUGACCAGGAUGAAGGAGGUUGGACGCCUUUGGUGUGGGCUACUGAGCAUCGACGGGUCGGUGUUGUGCAAUUGCUGUUAUCCAAGGGUGCAGACCCAAAUCUCAGGGACAGUGAGGGGAACACAGCACUGCACUGGUCUGCCUACUCAGGCAAUGUCAAGAUUUCAUGGAUGUACUUGGAGCGUGGCUGUGAUCCCAAUGCCAGGAACGUGCGCGGUGACACUCCUUUACACGUGGCUGCGAGGCAGGACAACUAUGAUGUGGUGUUGCUGCUGAUGAACAACAAGGCUCGGUGGGAUAUUGCAAACAAGCUUGGUCACACACCAAUGGAAUGUUGCAAGGAUGGCAAAGUCACAAGUUAUACCUUGCUGAGCAUCAACCAGAAGCUUGGACGGCUGGUCAAGAGCAAACUGCGUGUUGAACGUGUGCUUCACAGGGACAUCAGCAAAGGCAAGGAGCGACAUCCCAUUGAAUGUGUCAAUGGAGUUGAUGAUGAACCUGCUCCUUCUGAUUUCCUAUACAUGACUGAAAACUGUCAGACAGCUCCUGUUCCCGUGGACCGCAACAUCGCUACCAUGCAGAGGUGCAAGUGCGAAGACAAAUGUACAUCAGAAAAGUGUACCUGCUCAGGCAUCAGUCACCGGUGCUGGUAUGAUGAGAAUGGCAUUCUUCUUCCGGAAUUCGACCUACUGGAUCCUCCAAUGCUGUUUGAGUGCAACCAAGCAUGCACCUGCUGGAAUGACUGCCGCAACCGAGUUGUACAGAAAGGCAUCACGUGUCAUCUUCAGUUGUUCCGGACACAAGAAAAAGGCUGGGGUGUUCGUACUUUGCAGGAUAUUCCCCAGGGUGCAUUCGUCUGCGAGUACGUUGGCGAGAUGCUCUCAGACUCUGAGGCAGAUAAGCGAGAAGCUGACGUAUAUUUGUUUGACUUGGAAGAUAGGGAUGGAGAAACAUACUGUCUGGAUGCCCGGCACUAUGGCAACGUGUGCCGCUUUGUAAACCACCUAUGUGAGCCAAACCUGGCACCUGUACGAGUUUUUGUAGAGCACCAGGAUAUGCAUUUUCCUCGCAUGGCUUUCUUCAGUUUACGGCCCAUCGCCAGGAAUGAAGAGCUAGGAUUCGACUAUGGAGAAAAAUUCUGGACGAUUAAGUCUAAAAUGUUCACAUGCAAGUGUGGACAUCCAAACUGCAAAUACUCUAAGGAGCGCAUUGGGAAGACUCUGAAAAAUUACAAGCGCCGAGAAAAAGCUGCUGCUGCUCAGGCUGGCGGGAACGCGGCUCGUGCUAGCAAGACAGCUGCUCAGGCUGUCAAGGACCCUGCUCAGGCUGGCGGCGGGAACCCUGCUCAGGCUGGCGGCGGGAACCCUGCUCAGGCUGGCGGCGGGAACCCUGCUCAGGCUGGCGGCGGGAACCCUUAAGCAGUGGUACUACUGUGGCGUUUACGCUCAGAGUUCCAAUUUUUUACACAAGUAAUUUCAAAUUGCUUUGUUAGAAACAGUGUUUUUUCUCUUGUUUUCUUUGCACAUUUUUCCAGCCAUUGGAAAACAUUUGUUUGACUCAAAGUAUCGGUCAACCUUUCAUUCCUGUUAGAUUAGAGGUUUCACAUUUUCUAAUAAAAUUACUGUGCAUCCACUUACACAUGUGUAUCCUACAUUCACUGUAUAGGCAUUAUACUAACAUACACCCAUCUUGAAGGUGUCUGAAGUGUUACUUUUACCUUUUCCAAUACCUUGUGAUUACAGCAUCUUGCUUGUAGAAAGGGGCGUCAGACACAUUUAGACCUGAAUGUAAAAUCUUUAAACGUUGCUGAAGUAGUAGCAAAUUUUCUAAAAUUCAUCACUUCAUCUGCACUACAGUACUGUAACAUUAUGUAGAAUACAUUUAGUACUGUAGUUUAGUCUGUGCAAUAAAAUUUACCUCUUUCUUUUCACAUAUUGUAAGCUGAAAACUUUUUCAGUUGGUGUACAUAACUUUUUAAAGGGCGCACACAGCAUGAUGUUUUAUUUCAUUUACAUCAAUAAGCAGUAGUAUCAAUGACCAGCUUGUCUGUACAGCAGACUCUCAGUAAACAGAAAUCUGUUGAACGUAACUACUUCCUAAAUGGAACUAUUGCCUCUGCAAUGGUUGGUUUCGGGCUUGUAUUCUGCACCCUUGUUUACCUCUCGGUAGAUGGAACACCUGUUAAAUGGAACAUAUUUUCUUGGCCCCUUCAGGUUUCGUUUACUGAGAGUCUACUAUAUGUGGUGUUUUUGCUGUAAAUCUACUUACAAAAUUAUCUAGUGAAUGUUCCAAGUAGCAGAUGCAAAAGAAAACAAUGUCUGCCAAUAAGUUUUUUAUUGAACUACCUUUUGCUAGCUAACUUAUAGUAAACUCACUUGGGUGUUACAAUUGCAUCAUUUAUUUGACUCUGUCGCUUGUUGUAUCAUUCCUUUCUUUUUUACAAGCAACUUGAUCCUUAAGCUUUUAGGUUUUCUACUACUAAAAUGUGUUGACUGUAUACUUAAUUUUAUAAGGUAUUGGCGGUUGCCUGGCGUGAGCUUGGAAUCGUUGUCACAUACACUUGAACUCACUUUAUGCUAGUCGAGAUUUUCAUGUCAUUAUCCUUAUCACAAUUAUCACCAGAUAAUAUAUUUUUAAUAAUUAGAGGCAGCUACAAGCACACCUUCACACCUUUACAUCUUUCCAUAACAAAAAUUUUUUGUAAGCAGAGCUUGUGUUCAAUAAAUAAAAUGUUGCUAGGCUUGGA